AUGGAUAAAACAUCACGGCUCGGAACAGUUGCUGAAAAUCAGAGACUGGUCAAUGGGUGUGCAAAACUCGACCUGCAGGACGCGUUUCGGACGCUGUAUCCAGUGAAAAAGGAGUAUACCUUCUACUCGCGAUCGGCGAGAGUCAGCUCGAGGAUUGAUAGAGCGCUGGUGUCGUCCUCUCUGUUCAGCGCCGUCGGUGCGGCCUUCCACUCGUACAUCCCAAAAGGGAUCACGGACCACUGGUUUGCAGUCUCGGUGAAGUUGGCGUCCUACGCGGACAGAGAGAAAGGCCCUGGUCUGUGGAGACUGCCGGCGAAGCUCGCGGGAAGCAAGGGUGUAAGGAACAUCACGCAAGCGGUCACGCAGCAGCAGGAUGGGAAGGCGGAGGAUUUCCCGUUGACGCUGAAAAGGCUGCAGGCGGGGCUCAAGGAAUAUGCAAAAGGGGAAAGGAAGAGGGUGGCUCGUACGGUCGAACACCUGGAGGAGAAGGCAGCGGCGUUGAAACAAGCUUACAUGAGUGAUGCGGGAGAUGCAAGCCUGCAGGAGCAACUUGCAAAAUGCGAGGCGCAGUUGAAGUCCUAUUGGGAUGGGAAGCAAGAGUGGCUGCAAACCCUGGCUGGUAUUAAAGGGGAGUUGGAUGGAGAGAUUGCCUCGAAGCUUCUCUCUGGAAGGGUUGCGUCCCGGAAAGCGAAAACGGAGAUCCCGGCUUUAUCUGUGGGAGGGAAAGCUGUCAAGGGAGCAAAAGAGAUAUUGGAGGCAGCGUCGGAUUUCUUCCGCGACCUUUUCGGGAAGGCCAGGGAGGUGUCCGGCGAGUUGUGGCUGACCGAUAAGAGCAAGCGGCUGAAUGGGAAAGACCAGGAAAUGCUGCAGGCGACGUGGACGGAAGCAGAAGUAAGAAAGGCGAUAGCGGAGCUGCCAAAAGGAAAAACCCCGGGAAGUGAUGGGCUACCAAGGGAGAUUUUUGCGAAGAAUUGGGAUCUACUGGGGCCAGGGCUGAUGGAUUUCCUCCACUCCUUCGAGAGAUCGGCGCGCCUUCCAGAGAGUUUAACAACGGCAGUCACGAUCCUGCUGCACAAGAAGGGUGACUAG